AUGCCGUUUGGAGUGACGAAUGCACCCGCGAUCUUUAUGGACUACAUGAAUCGAGUGUUUCAUCCAUAUCUGGACAAGUUUGUCGUGGUGUUUAUUGAUGAUAUACUCGUGUAUUCGAAGAGCGAAGAGGAGCAUGAGGAGCAUCUUCAACUAGUGUUGCAAGUUUUGCGCGACAACAAGCU